UAUAAUUUGUGCCUUAAGAAUCCACGUCAUAUUAUUAUAUUUAUUUCAAUUUUGUACUAAUUUCUGGAAAAGAUACUGGAGCUAAACUUGAGAUUUUUGACGACCUAUCCUACUCACUUGUUCAUUGGUCCAUUUGAUUGUCCACUCUCCUUCAAAUAAAUAACAAAUAGAUAAGUCUAUCUUGGUAGCCGGCUCUCGUAUAUCCGACAAAAAGAAACCAAAAAUCUGUAUUCCUGUCUGACACUCGCGUAACUCUACAUUAAUCGUAACAGCACCUCAGUAAAGUCUAUAAUACAAACUUUAUUCUCACUUUAGCAGACAAUGUGCGGAAAAAUGUCUCUCCGAGCACACCCCUUGGGCAUUUACUAUAAACAAAACAUUAGUUUUUUACUCUUUCAUUUUUAUUGUUGGUGCCUCGGAGCAAAGUUUAUUGGCUGCUAUAAAGAAAACAAAUUGUUUAUGCUCAAUUAAAAAAUAUUGAGAGCGGGAAAAUUGAAAAGUGAUUCAUGGGAAAUUGUAAAAUGUUUUCGAAAUUGAAAUUCAGCGCAGUACUUGUGUUCAUAUUAGUUUUCAUUUUGGAAAAUCGAUGUGAUGGAAAAAUAUCUUCGAGAAAAGCGAAAUUACUCACUUUCAACACCGAUGACGAUGACACGCUAGCGGUAAACUUAGAAUUUUCCAUUCCGUUUGUGAAGAUCCCUAUAAAGAAAACUAUGGAGACCUUCGGACCCACCGAUGUUAGCCUACCUUCUAUAAACGUGAACCUAGCCGGGCUUGCUAUCGGAGGCGCGGUGGUGGCGGCCACCGUGGUCGGCAUUCCUCUCUUCAUGAAGACCUUCGCGGCCCUACAUCCUGAACAACGCUACUCUAGAGUGCUAGACCACACAGAGUUCGGAGCGGACCAGUUCUUCAACCUGGCCAACCAGCUCAUGCUGGACAGCCGCUCGCUCCAGGGCUGCGCGCUGCGCCUCGCGUGCUGGUCUGCACAGACCACCGAGUACAACGGCAUGGAGAUAUUGAAUAGCAUAUCGAGCAACCAGAUCCUAUCUACCAUGGUGAACGUGACAGCGGCCACCGAAGCCCUCAGGUCGGGUCGUCAGGGUGCAGACUGCCUGCAGUACGGACCCUGCGCCUUGCAACAACACCUGGUGCCGGCCUUACUGCGAGGCAUCACCAGCUUUACCAGCCAGAAGGGAAGUCGGUUUAAUUAGCUCUUUAGUAAUACGGUUAGGAAUUGCUUAGAUAGGAGGAUAAUUUAGAUGAGUUAGAUCAUGUUACAUUAUUUCCUUUACGUAAGUUACGUUGACGGAAUGUUAUAAAAUAACUAUGAAUUAUAAGAAGCUAGUGGUAAGGAUUCUAAAAGCAGUAAAUUUAAAUUUACCUCUAUGUGUCGAAAUUUAACAACUAAAUUAUUGUAAAAAAAUGGAAUCAGUUGUAAAUCUCAUUUUACAAUGUUUUUUUCAAAUAUUUAAUUUUAGAAUCGACAUCAUUAUGUAAACAUACAAACCGAAGACUACUAUAAUUAUCUAAUUAAAGAUGGGUCAAUUAUUAAGUAAACGAAAUACUAUAAAAAAGGUUUUUAUUUACUUACUUAAAUAUCAUCAGAUUCAAAAUACGUCACUCCUUAAACUGAACAAGAUU